AUGUACACAACGACGCCCACCUCCGCCUCGACAACUACAUCGUCCACGUCCACUUCAACUCUGACGAACCCCGCUUCGACAUCAUCGUCUACCUCCGGCGGAUCACAUUGGAACCCAGGUUCCGGAGUUGGAAAAGCGGCUGGCAUGUGGGUGGGCACUGGAUUCGCUAUUAUCGCAAUAAUCACAGCUGUGUUCUUUGUGCGUCGGCAUCGCAAAAAGAAGAGAGCUAGGGCGGCCACGGUAGAAGAUCCAAUGACCGGAGUCUACUCUUCAGUACAGGAGACGGCCUCGGAACCUCUGCAGCGACAUAAUAUGGAGAAUACAGUGGCUCCACAAGGACUAGAGAAUACCCAGAAGCGGGCCAAUGUUCAAGACCACCAGCUGAAGGGCGGCUUGGGAUCUCAACAUGUGAGAAUUCACCAAAUCUCUUCUGACGGCCUUGACGGGAGGAUGUUCCCGAAGAUGAUUGCUCUGGUGCUGUAUGGCUAG